AUAAAAGCUUUUUGAAAUUUCUUUGAUUUAUGGCACCGGCAGCUACCAUGGUGUGCUCUGAACACUGGAAAACGUGAACCAAAUCAUUAAUUGGUCCCCCAAUUGAUCAUAUUCUUCUCCUCGCAAGAAAAUAAUCCAAGAAAGCAAAGUUGAACCGUUUGUUGCACGCAGGCAGAUGCAGACAACAGUGCUUUAAGAUGCUAGAGGUUUAGUUGGCUGUAGGAGUUGGUCAUAACUGCAAGAAUUAAUACCCGAUUGUUGUGCUCUAUUUAAGAGCAUACAUUGGUGCAGGUUUUGGUAAACAUAUAGCUGAUGCCAUUCACUUCGCCGACUGAUCAACCAUAUGAGGAGGUUGAUGGCCGUGCCGGCGGUGCACAACCUCAUCAGGAAGGCUUGCCAAGAGGCAGAGAUAAAGGAAAUAUGUACUUGGUGUGGGAAGAUUUGACGGUGCUGUUGCCAAACUUUGGCAAUGGACCUACCAGGAGAUUGCUCAAUGGACUAACCGGUUGUGCUGAACCUGGUAGGAUCAUGGCUAUCAUGGGUCCAUCUGGCUCCGGAAAAUCCACUCUGCUCGAUGCAUUAGCAGGUAGACUAUCUGGAAAUGUUGUCAUGACCGGAAACGUUCUUCUUAAUGGGAAGAAGAAGAGGCUGGACUAUGGCAGUGUUGCUUAUGUGACUCAAGAGGAUGUACUGUUGGGAACUCUAACAGUACGAGAAACCAUAACUUACUCUGCUCAUUUGAGGCUCCCACCAUCAGUGAGCAGAGAAGAGAUUGAUGGCAUUGUGGAGGGAACAAUCAUGGAAAUGGGUCUCCAAGAGUGCGCUGAUCGACUUAUUGGAAACUGGCACUUACGGGGUGUAAGUGGUGGGGAGAAAAAGAGACUAAGCAUUGCACUGGAAAUCCUGACAAGGCCCCAUCUAUUGUUUCUUGAUGAACCUACCAGUGGCCUAGAUAGUGCCUCGGCAUUUUUCGUGCUACAAACUCUUAGGAAUGUUGGCCGUGAUGGCAGAACGGUCAUCUCUUCAAUCCAUCAGCCAAGUAGUGAAGUAUUCUCACUCUUUGAUGACCUGUUUUUACUCUCUGGUGGAGAACAAGUUUAUUUUGGAGAGGCAAAACUGGCUGCAAAGUUCUUUGCUGAAUCGGGAUUUCCAUGUCCAAGUCGGAGAAAUCCUUCCGAUCACUUCCUUCGUUGCAUAAAUUCAGAUUUCGACAUUGUUGCAGAGACUUUGAAGGGAUCUCAUAUAAUAUCUGAAUUUCAAAAUACAUUAGAUCCUUUGACAAACUUACCAACAGCAAAGAUAAAAGCAUUGCUUGUUAUGAAAUACAGAAGCUCAGAUUAUGCAGCAAAAGCAAGAGCAAGAAUUCAAGAAAUCUCAACCAUUGAGGGACUCGUGAUUGAAAAGAAACUUAGGAGUGAAGCAAAAUGGUUGAAGCAACUAUCAACAUUGACACGGAGGUCCUUUGUAAACAUGUCUAGGGAUUUGGGCUAUUACUGGUUAAGGAUAGCAAUCUAUGUGGCCUUAUCUAUUUGCGUUGGCACUAUAUUUUUCAAUAUUGGAACAAACUACAAUGCAAUCUUAGCCCGUGGAGCCUGUGCCGGUUUCGUAUCAGGUUUCAUGACAUUCCUGUCUAUAGGAGGCUUCCCAUCCUUUAUUGAAGAACUUAAGGUUUUUUAUCGAGAAAGGCGCAAUGGACAUUAUGGGAUUGCUGUUUAUAUACUGUCGAAUUUCCUCUCUUCAUUCCCAUUCUUGACUCUCAUGACCCUCGCCACAUCAUCAAUUACCUAUUACAUGGUGAAGUUUCGUCCAGGAAUUUCACAUUUUACAUAUGUCUCCCUCGAUCUUAUCAGCUCCAUUGCAGCUGUGGAGAGCUGCAUGAUGAUGAUAGCAUCACUAGUUCCCAACUUCAUGAUGGGAGUCAUAAUUGGAUCUGGUUAUAUAGGAGUUAUGCUGAUGACAGCAGGGUAUUUCCGAUUGCUACCGGAUCUUCCUAAGAUAUUUUGGCGUUACCCUGUUUCAUACAUCAACUAUGGUGCAUGGGCAUUACAGGGAGCAUACAAGAACGAUAUGGUCGGGCUUGAGUUUGAUGGAUUCAUACCUGGUGGUCCAAAACUGAAAGGUGAUGUUGUCCUCACAACCAUGCUUGGCAUUCAGCUGGAUCAUUCAAAGUGGUGGGAUUUAGCAGCAGUUAUAAUGAUUUUGAUAGCUUACAGAUUUCUUUUCUUUGUCAUUCUCAAGUUCAAGGAGAGAGCCUCACCUUUCUUUCGAACUCUUUAUGCCAAACGAACUAUACAACAUCUCAAAAAGAGACCCUCUUUCAGGAAAACAUCAGCCUUCCCAUCCAAGAGGCACCAAGUUCUCCACUCACUAUCUUCUCAAGAGGGUCUUAACUCUCCAAUUCACUAGAAGAACCAAUAGCUCAUGAGUACUCUAGAAAUGCUCAUACUCUGAUUCGAUCACAGAAACAAGGGACAGGAAUGAUAGUAAGAUUACUUAAUAAAUUAGAUAUAUCAGCUUUGGUUUUUAAGUGCUUCUUCAAUGGCAUUCCCUUCCCUUCUCAUGUCCACAAAUUGCUCUAGUGUUAAUGAGAGGAGGCGCCCAUCACCCAAGAAUGCUUUCCUUUUGGAACUCUCUAGCCAUGACAGUGGAAAGCAGAAACUUCAUAUCUGUUGUGGCAAACAACACAUUGCAGUAACCACAUAAAAUAAACAGAUAUAGAAAAGAUCCUAUUGUUCUUAGUAGAAAAUUACAAGUGGUGCAAAAAUAUUUGUUGCAGAUGCCUCCAUCACACGGUAUUGUAACAUCUAAUGAUACCAUUAUAUGUAAUAGCAUUUUGUUUUUGUCAUUCCAGUGCUAACCCAAGAUGGAUAAACUGAUUUGUUUGGUCUGUUCUUCACCCACAAUUCUACUAUUUUCUAUCAUUGUUCCUUGCUGAUUGUGUUCUACAAUUAGUAGAUUACCAUUCCCAUGACCAGACCUUCAGUAUAAAGAGAAACAGUUACAGUUCGUCAAAUAUUCGUGUAGAACAAUGAGUGCACUACUUUUGGAAUUUGCAAGAACAUUUUACAGGUUG